ACUCUGCACAAGUACAUUCAGCAACAAGAAGAUCGAACCGUCGAAAUCUCGGCUAUCUUUCGAGAGUUGUUUAACGAAUUCAAACAGAAUUUGUUGUUGGGGUCCUGUGAUGCUUCCCCUGCAGGACAAGGACAGAUCAGUGGUUCGGGUACUCCUGAAGUCUGGCUGCUGUUCUAGAUGUGUGCUCAGAUUCUGUUGCGUGGGGCUGCAGGUACCGUACAGGCAACCGUCUAAGGUUUUGGCUCAGCAAUUAUUUGAUUUUGCUUUUCCCAAUGAUGUAAACAAAUGUGUUCCUUACAUACAAGAAGAAAAGGAUCCACCUUUUAAGAAGAUUAAACUGGAGGAACCAAAUAACCUAAAUACAGGACAAGACCAAAAUGAUACUAUAUCUUUAACAGUGCCUGAAUUCAUCUGUAGUAACAAAGAUGGAGAAAAUAUCUGUGUGGUAUGUCUUGGAGUACUCCAAGACUAUAGCGAAAAGGAUUUUGCAGCACAUAUUUCCAAUGAAGUUAAAAGUGCUCAAUUCCAGUUUGACAACUUUGUAAUAUCUGUGUCCCUUCCAGCUCAGUUGUCUGUUAGAGAGUAUGCUAUGUGGUUGCUGGUAAAGCAAGAAGUGGGAAAUAAGGGCCUUUAUAUGGGAAGAGAUGAUGUGAUCCAGAUUAAAGAAGUUUACAAGUGGAUUAUACACCCAAUUAUCUCAGAAGAAUUGGGCGUACCUGUUGAUAGCAAGAGCUGCUUUGAAAUUAGUGUGGUGUUCACUCAUCCGGAAACUAAUGGGGAUUGCCACUUUCUGGCCUUAGUGUGCUCCGAUUGCUUCAAACCAGCUAAAAACAAACAGUCAGUCUUCACCAGAAUGGCUGUGAUAAAAGCCUUGGAGAAGAUCAAAGAAGAGGAUUUCCGCAAGCAAUAUUCUUGUCCUCCUGGAUUUCCAGUUUCAAAGUGCCUUGUUGAGGACAUUCAGUGCCUUCAUGCUCCAGUCUAUGUGGCUGGGAGAUAUAAUAAAUAUUCAAGAACUUUACCACAGACUCCUUGGGUAAUAGAUGGCGAGAGAAAAAUGGAAUCUUCAGUAGAAGAGCUAAUUUCGGAGCAUUUGUUAGCCACUUUUAAAGCUGAUGGUUUUAAUUUUUCAUCAUCAGGAAGGGAAGAUGUUGAUGUGAGGACUUUAGGGAAUGGUAGACCAUUUGCAGUUGAACUGCAGAAUCCUCACAGAUCAUCGUUUACAAAGGAAGACAUUAAGAGGCUUCAGCAGACUAUCAAUAAUUCCUCUGACAAAAUUAGAGUGCGAGAUUUACAGAUUGUUACACGGGAGGCUGUUAGCCGUAUGAAGGAAGGUGAAGAAGAAAAAACUAAAUCAUACAGCGCUUUAAUAUGGACGGCAAAAUCCAUUGAUAAAAGUGAUAUUGAGUUCAUUAAUGACAUCAAGGAGUUAAAGAUCAACCAGAAGACUCCUUUGAGGGUGCUUCAUAGACGGCCAUUAGCUGUACGACCCCGUGUUAUUCACACGAUGAGAGUGGAAUUUGCAGAUGAGCAUCACUUUCGGCUUUACCUUAAAACCCAAGCAGGAACAUACAUUAAAGAAUUUAUCCAUGGAGAUUUUGGAAGAACUAAACCAAAUCUUAGCAUUCUCAUGAACACUGUGACUGAUAUACUGGAACUAGAUGUGGAAUCCGUGGACGUUGACUGGCCACCAGCCAUAGAAGAUUAAAGGAGGUGUCAGAGCUGUGACUCUUUAGGACUGUGAAAAGAAGCUCAAAAUGUGAUUUUUAACUUUCUUUUUUUUGUUUGCAACCUACUGAAUUUUGCCUACAGCUCUUUUACACCAAUAAACAAUGUAAACACUUUUGUGUAUGAAAA